AUGAUUCUCUGGUUUAUAAAGAAAACACCAAAAGGAAGAAAGCCGUCUCUGUCCACCUCUAUUGCUCUCUCUCUUGCUCCUACUCUCUCUCUUGCUCUCUCACUCGCUCCCUCUCUCUCUCUUGCUCUCUCUUUCUCUUUUGUUCUUUCACUCUCUCCUUCUCUCUCUCUUUCUCUCUCUGUGUCCCUCUCCUUGUCUCUCUUGUUCUCUCUUGCUCUUUCUCCUUCUCUCUUGCCAUUUCUCUCUUGCUCUUUCUUCCUCUCUGUCUCUCUCCUUGUCUCUCUUGUUCUCUCUUGCUCUUUCUCUUUCUCUCUUGCUAUUUCUCUCUUGCUCUCUCACUCACUCUCUCUCCCUCCCUCUCUCUGUCUAUCUCUCUUUCUCUUUUGCUCUCUCUCUCUCUCCUUCUCUCUCGCUCUCUCUCUCCUUCUCUCUCGCUCUCUCUGUCCCUCCCAUUCUCUCUCUCUUGUUCUCUCUCCUUCUCUCUCUCGGUCUCUUGCUUUCUCAAGGGCAUACACGCACAUAUCUGGAAACUUUUACACACACCCUAAACAAAUACCCCGGCUAUGUAUAUGCGUUUCUCCCCCUCUCUCUCUCUCUCUCUCUCUCUCUCUCUCUCUCUCUCUAUCCACAAAAACACUCUGCCGCAUUCGUGAUGACAAGAUUCAAACAACGACUUGCGUCGGAAAAUCGGCUCAGUUUUUGCAUUUUUCCUCGUCCCAAAUAAUUUCUUUUAUUUCUGUUUUUUUUCGCUUUCUAAAAAUGAACGUCUUCUCCUUUUUAUUGUUCUUUCUUUCUUUUCAUCUUUCUUUUUUCUACUUUACCUCUUUUUCUUCUUUCUUCUCUUUUCUCUAUCUUCUUUCUUCUCUUUUCUUCUUCCUUUAUUUUUUCUUUUUCAUCUUUCUUUUUUCUACUUUACCUCUUUUUCUUCUUUCUUCUCUUUUCUCUAUCUUCUUUCUUCUCUUUUCUUCUUCCUUUAUUUUUUCUUUUUCAUGUUCUUUUUUCUAUCUUCUGUCAUUCCUUUGUCUUUCUUCUUCUUUUUCACUUCUUUUUCUUUUUCUUUCUUCUCCUUUUCCAUCUCUAUGCAUCAAACUAUUAAAUUAUUCUUUUUCUUCCUCAUUUUUACGUUUGUUUUCCUCUUUAAUAAUUCAAUCACUCCUUUUUCUUUUUCAUCCUCUCUUUCUCUUCUUACAAAAUGAUUCUUCUUCUUCUUCUUCUUCUUCUUCUUCUUCUUCUUCUUCUUCUUCUUCUUCUUCUUCUUCCAUUUCUCUCUCCCUCCAGGGAUAUUCUUGA